CGGAAACAGGGUUCAUGUUUUACUUCCUGGUACACCAUUUUUAAGAAAAUUGAAACAGAAAAUUAAAAAUUAAACUGGAGUUUGCAGUGAACAUUUAUGCGUAAAUCCAGAAGGCGCCACAGAGAUUUAAGAACUCAGAAGUCGGACCACCAGAUGUUUGGCGCUAAACCUACGGGAUUUUUGUUUGGGUCACCUGUUGAAGCACCACAGACACCCGUGGAGAGGCAUGAUGUAUGUACUGAUGAGAUUGACAACAAAAAGCGUUUGUCUCUUUUUUCUCAGCACGAUUUAAUAAUUAAAAUCGAAAAUAUAAAACUGCACGUGAACAAAGAACAGCUGAUGGCCGAGUCACCAGUAUUUGAGAAAAUGUUUACGUCAGACUUUAAAGAAAAAGAUAAACAGGAAAUAGAAUUGGAAGGAAAAGACCUGAACAGUUUUGUUGACUUUCUAAGGUGCACUUUACCAGGAAUUGAUGAAAAAUUAACAGAUAAAACAGUUCAAUCGGUGAUUCCUCUGGCAGAUGAAUAUCAAACGUCCAGCACACUGCGAAAGGCUGAUCAGUUCCUUGCAGAGAAAACUAAAGCCAUUGGGGAUAAAAUAACUUCUGAACAAUUAAUCAAGAACAUCCUACAAGCAGAACUAUAUCAACUAACAUCUUUCCUAGAAGAAUCUCUAACCAUUGCCUCCAGGAAAUCGUUUGAAAAUUUUGUAAAAAAUCCAAAAUUUAAUGAAAUUACAUCUGAAACUAGGUUGAAAAUUUCUUUAAAGCGUUGGAGCGACAUGGAUGCAGUUUUCAAAUCAACAGGUCAUCUUAACCAUACAUCAGAAAGUGUUGAUUUCUAUAAGUUUUACGAUCAGCCGGUGCCGGCUACAUCGCAGUUACAAUCUACUAGCGGUGUGUUCGGUUCAGCCAGUGCCAUGCCGGGGUAUGGUAGUGGUUCACAACAAAGAGAUCUAACCAUUCGACUUAAACCGUUUAUGCAGACAAAUUAACCUAAAUGGUCGAAUUUGAUAUGAUUAGUAACUACUAUUGAUUAGCUUAUAACAUUCCU